UUGACCAGACUAGAAGUCAAGUUAAUCUGUCUCGUAUUUCAAGGUCCGUUCAAAGGUUGUGCAGUUGUCUGUAAAUAAGAUCUGAUAGUUUCACUUUCGCCUGGUAAGAGUAUAACGUUCUGAAACAUUGUUCAAACAUAGCUGAAAAUCAUUUUUUGUUGAAAGAAAACAUCACGUAUACGGAUAUUACUUAUGAAGAGGUUGUAGUGUUUUGUAACUUUCCAUAAAAUGAGAACAUUUCUAAUUGUUCUGUGGAUGGUGAUUUUCGUCACUGAAGUAGUGCAUGCAAGUGUGUAUAGUAUUGCUCCUGGUUAUUGUCAUUACAAUGGAAUGUUACAUCAGCUAGAUGAAAAAUGGUAUCCCGAUCCCUGUACAUCAUGUGAAUGCCUCCCUGGAGACAAUUACAAAUGUUACAGAGAAUCUUGUCCUUACAUGGAAUGCAAAACAGAGAAGUACGUUGUUUUUGGAGAAUGCUGUCCCAAAUGUAGAGGUUUUAAUGAAACGGGUGAAGAUUGUAACUUCUUUGGGCAUUUACUUUUGGAUGGUGAAGAAAUCAAUCCUGAUUCCUGUACCUCAGUUAAAUGUGUUAGUGGAGCAAUAAGGCGGGAAAGUAGAAAGAUCUGUAAAUAUAUGGAAUGCGAAACUGAAACAUACAUGCCUCCUGGAGAUUGCUGUCCCAAAUGUAGAGGUCAUGAUGGAAAUAGUUGUAAUGUUGAUGGUGAGCUGUUUCAUCACUUUGAAGAAUGGGAACCCAAUUCGUGUGCCUCAUGUAUGUGUUCCAAAGGACGCGUGUUAUGUGGAACAACACGGACAUGUAGCAGCGAAUGGUUUAGCAAGAACCUUUCAAAAAGAAGACGAAGUACCAAUCCAUGUGUCGAAAGUAACGGAGGAUGUGAACACUAUUGCGAAGCAGAGAACGGUAAAGUUAAUUGCUAUUGUCACGAAGGAUUCGCACUUGACGAGGAUGGACGUUCUUGUAAUCGGUAUGAUGCCUGUAAAGACGAGAAUGGGGGCUGUCAGCACAAUUGCCAUUUACAGGACAAAGUUGCUCAAUGUUCAUGUCUCGAAGAAUACAUUCUUCAGGAAGACGGAAAAUCUUGUGAUCGUAAGUUAAAUUUUUUCAUUCUACCAAUAAUUCAUAAAUUAUCAUGCAACAGCAACUAACCGCAAAUAAUAAGC